GAAAAUAUUGCAGAAAACUGCCUCCCUGAUGUGAAUAGUAGAUGUAAUGGAGAAGACAUAAUAGAAAUGGAAGAGAAAGGAAAGCAGGCUCAGAAACUAACUCACCAAACAAGCCCCUCCAAAAAUAUUGGCCUGAAAAAAAGGAAAGACCAGACCUUGAAACUACAUGAACCAAAUAAGAAUUUCUCAUGUCAAAAAAGAGCUGCUAAAAAUGUGCAACCUGAAUACUCUCAGAAUUUUUUUUCAUCGGAUGAAGAGAGAUAUCCACUAAACUUCCUGUUUCCUUUGCAAGAGAGGUCUGUGUGCUUAAGCAAACUAUUCCAGUCAGGGACCAGUUUUUAUAAGUGUUUCUGUCAUCUGUCAACCUGGGAAGCUGGAAAUGAAUGUAAUGUGAGAAUAUCUGUACUGGAAAAAGCAGUGGCUGCGUGUUCUCAGAGGAUAUUUCUGCUGAUGCAAGAGAAUGAGAAUUACUCCAAAAAAGUCUGUAUAUUGCAACAGGAGAAUGACAGAUAUGCUCAGAUGAUGUGUGCCCUGGAAGAGGAGAUGGGUGCAUAUUUUCAAUAUGCUUUAGCAGCAGAUGAAGCUAACAUUCUUUCAUUCCAAAACUUAAUUAAUGAGAAAGAAGUUGCUGGUGGAUGUUAUCAUAACUUUACAGAAGAAAGCACCAUGACCCCAGGAACAUUUUUAGUUUCAACUUUUUCUAAUAAUCUCUCAUAUGUUGAAGAGAAAAACAGGAAUUCUGAAAAAGACUCAUGGACAAUUGCAUCAAAUAAACUUCACGGGAGCGUUCUAUCUCUGAAUGGAAGGAAAAUGAGGUACUUCCAGCUGCUUUCUGACCUGAAAGAAGAAAGAAGCAGAUGCUUCAAAGAAAUGGCUAAAUUAUUACAAGACAAGGAGAACUAUGUAGCAAAAUAUAAUGAAUUAAUACAAGAGAGAAACAGAAAUUUACAAAGAAUAGCUCUUUCAGAAGGUGAAAAAGAAACUUUGUUAGAACAUUUGGCAGAGAUAAAGUGUGAGCAAGACAAAUACAGGACCUUAGUUUCAGAACUCCAAGACUGCAAAACUAGGUGUUAUAAAACCAUUUCUGACUUACAGGAGGAAAAAUGUGCAUUACAAAGAGAGAUAGACAGAAUCAAACAAGAAACUUCAGAACAGCUUGAUGAAUGUCAGAAAGCAAAUGCAAACUUUAUUUUAGAAAAUAAAAAUUUAAAAGAAUUAAUGUCUUCUUUGGGUUUCACAUAUGAAGAGUUGAUAAAAGAGAAAAGUAUAGGAACAAAGAAAAAUAUACUAAAACUAAAAGAAGAAAGUCAACAACCUGGUCUUAAGCCAAAGAAAGUUGAAACAACAUGUAGAGUAACGCAAACUGAAGAACAAGGAGUUCUGGCUAUAGAUCCUUCAGAUUAUUCCCCUGGGAAAAAGGGCAGCACAUUUGAAAGCUACAGUAUGAUGAAAGAGCAAGUCAGAAAGGUGGAAGAGGAACUAAAAAUACAGCAAAAGGAAUUAGAAAAAUCAAAAAAAGAGGCUCAGAAAUGGUACAGAGAGCUUGGUUUUGCUGAAACAAGGUGUGAAGAAACCAAAACUCAUUUGAUGCAGGCUCUCUCAGAAUUAGACCGCCUUAAGCAAGAAGUUGGGGACAAAACGCAGGGAAAGCAGCACUGCAAAUUAAUGCCUGUGUACACAUUGAAGAAUGCCCAGGAAAAAGAAGUGAAUAGAAUAGCCAGUAAGAGAUUAGAGCAGCAAGUGUUGACCUUGAAAGCCCAGCUCAGGGACCAGGCUGCAUUACAAAAUCAGUUUCGUGACUUGCAGAAUGAAGUGGAACUCCUUCAGGCUCAGCUAUGUGAAAAGGAGAAAGAACUGCAGAAGAGAAAGUCUGAAGUGAAGUUGACAUUAGCUCCUCUGAAGGCUAAGCUGGCUUGCCUCACCCAAAAGUGCCAGGAAAGGAACAGCUUCAUUAGGAGAAUGCACGAUGAAUUCCACAGGCAGGGGUUUAUUAACUCUGCAUUUGAUGAUGAGAUGAAGAACCUGGUGAAUGACAUGACCCUGGCAGAGUACAUGGUUGCUUUUACACCAAUGUGUGAUCAAGAGGUGCUGCCAUCCUCCACAGACAUUUCACAGGCUAAUGGGCAGCCAGAGGAUCGUGUGGCAGGUGCCAAAGGGAACAGGAUGACUGGGUCAGUAUCUGCAGACUCUCAGCCAGGGAUGGAUGGCCCCCACAGUUCUCCCCUCACCCCAAAUGUGUGUGCUGGUUCUUCUGUAACAAACCCUGAGAGGAUCACAGCCUUGCAUCGAGAGCUAAGAGAGAACCAUCACAAAAACUGCCAGAUACCUUCAGUUGUCCCCUCCAGCUCAAACCCGUGGGCUGGUCCCAGCCUGCCCAUGAUCCAUGGGGAAGCCCCUUGGCCUGUGCUGUCAGGGAUGAAGGAUGCUGCGGUGCCCCCGGAGCGUGCCGUGUUCUGGGCCACGAAGGGGAGGGAUCGGCUGUCGAAACACGAUGAUGUAUUUUGGGGUCAAAUGGGAAAUCAGCAUGCAGGUGCUAUUGCCCAGGGAAUGAAACACAAAAAUGCCAUUAUGAAUAAGGCAUGGCUCUCUAGAGAAAAAACAGAUGGCUCAACCUCAGCUACCACAGCAGAAAGCUAUUUGCCAGACGUGUUGUCAGCAAGUAAUAAAGGUCUAUAUCCUGUGGGGAGAAAUCAGCUGCAUGGGAAAGAAUAAAACCUGCAGAAAUAAAACAAGGUAAACAUCUUAGCAAUGUGAUUUUUUUCCUAUUGAUACAAAAGUACUAUUUUUUUUUUUUUAAUCAGGGAUAUUUUACUAGUUAGCACGGCCUAGCAAGUAGUUUGAGAUGACUGGAAAAUUUAUAUGGAAAAGAACUGUGAUAUUUUUCAUUAUGAAAGCUUCAUAGAAUAUUUGAGAUCACUGAAACACAUUUAUUUUUCUUUAGCCAGGCCACCUCCCUAUUUUCUUUUCACCUUUUGUUGGUGAUUUGAUUUUCUUUUAACUGAAACUGUGAAACAAAUCUAUUAAAUCACUUUUGCUACUAUGUGUAACCUGUUUCUUCAGUGUGCAGUGGCAAGUUCUGAAAGAACAUCUCCCUUGUGGGACUGUUUCCUUUGGAAUUUCAGGAAAUAUAGUGUCAUGGACCUCCUAGAAAUUAAUUUCAUAAAAAUUAGAGGGUAAUUUUGCUGUGUUUCUUUACUAUUGGGAAAUUUUAAAAAAAUACAUGCUUUUUUUUUUAAUAGGCCCACCUACAGCAGGACAUUCAGUGUGUUGCUGUAGGAGCUAGUUUCUGUAAAGUAGCAUCCUUCAAUUGCUGCUUUUAAGUAACAAAUUGCAGCUUAGCUUGAGUAGCUUUGCUGGACAUGUCCACAGCCACUUUCUGUAGGGGACUGCGUGGCCACUGUGGGUACAGAAACAUCUGAGUUCACAGGAUGGACGA